AUGGCCUCCCCGGCGCCGGCGUCCACCGCGGUCGCCGCGGCCAACGCUCCUCCACCGCGCAUCGGGCUCGCGGGCCUCGCCACCAUGGGCCAGAACCUGGCGCUCAACAUCGCCGAGAAGGGGUUCCCGAUCUCCGUCUACAACCGCACCGCCGCCAAGGUGGACUCCACGCUCUCCCGCGCGCGGGACGAGGGCGCGCUGCCGGUGCUGGGCCACCGCGACCCGCGCGG